AUGUCUGUCUCGGCGAUCUUUGGCACCGGAAUCGUCACCGUCGCUGCAUCUCCAGUUCUCCGUCAAUUUCAGGUUCCGAAAUUGGGUAACGGAGGAGUCGGAGGAGGAUUGGGAAUGGUGAUAGAGUGUUCGUCGAGGCCACAGAAGAAAUCAACGGCUCAUCACAGGAAGACGAGGCCGAAGAAGACGCAGCCUUGGGACAUUAAGAGAAAGCCCACCGUUUACGCUCCUCUUCCUCCUCUCCCUGCAGAGUGGACUCCGGUCUCUCUUUCUUCCGAUGACGGUGGUUCCACCGCCGUUGCCGGAGAUUUGGUCUCAGGCGCUGCUGCCUAG